AUGGCGAAUAGCAAAGGGGAACUUGUGAAAGUGGCAAUUUUGCUGCUCGACAAAUUUACUGCCGGGAGAACCAAUCUGGAUGACUUUAUGGAACAUGCAGCUAAGGGCCUGCAGAACAUGGAACCCGAGUCUAUGAAGUUCAUUCUCGAUUUGGUCUCUGGAUGCAUCGAACACAAGAAGUUACUGGACAUAGUCAUCAAUCCUUUCUUUGGCCAGGGUGGCAAACUCAUAUCCAAACGUUAUCACAACCAUUUUGUCGUGAUCUGUUACCUCACCAUUUUCCACUUUGAUGAGCUUGGACUUCCGUCUUUCAGCAACAUCGUCAAAUCAUUGGACAUUAAAAACAUGCACAUUUUCCUGAGUUUCUUUUUCAUGAACCUCACCACUUGGAUACAAGAUGAGUGGAAUCAAGUCUACGAUGUUGCAUAUGUGAAGGAUCAUUGGAUUGACCCUCUGCUCAGGAAACGUACUGCCAUCGAGUCCCUCAUGGAGAAGCUUGCUGCCAAUGCAUCUGGAGGAAUGCGGUUGAGGAAAGCGCCAGCCAAAACCACUGACCUGAUGGAGUUCUCUUUUGUUAAACCUAAACCUUCCACCGCACGUGAGCCUCAACUGAGCCCCCUGCCGGAAAAACUCACAAAAGUACCCAGCAGUACUUACAGGACUCCCAAAUUGAUCCAGAUCUUAGAAGACGUCAAGGGAAGGAACCAUCUCUUGGCUGAGGAGCUGCUGCAUGAGCUCAAUAUUGCACAAUUUGGAUUUGCAAGACCCAUAGAUGCUGAAUGCUCAAGGAGAUCGCGGUACAUUACGGAAGAUUUGGACUCCAGGCUUGACUCAUUACCGUCCAAGACCCCUCCUCCUCCUAUUCCUAAGAGUUCUAAAGACGUCCGUCCAAUCAAACUCAACACUGCAGCAAUGCUGAGGCGAAGAGUACUACAUGACCGCCACUUGGCGGACAAGCUGCAAAUAAUAGAGAAUCUGGUGGAAGGAGCACAUGAGCCUUCAGCCCUUAUACAAAGGGAAAGGGAAAUGCGUGAGAAAGACCAUCAGACCAGGUUGGAAAAAAUGGAGCAGAAGCACGCCAGUGUCCUUCUCAGCCAAUGGGAGGCAGUUUUGGCCCGCGCACAAAUAACAGAACGCAAGAAAAAGGCUGCUCGGAUCAUAAGAGACGAGACAGUUAAGCGAACUCAGCAAACUAUACAGAAAAAGUUGGAUGAAGAAAAAGAAAAGAAAGAGUUGGUGCAGCUCGUGAUAGAGGGUCACAGUAACGCCCAAAAAGCUACUGACAGGUUUAAGAAAGCCAAACAGAGUGCUGUCAAAGAGUUUGUUGCGCACCACCAAGAAAUUGUUCGGCAAUCACAAGAGAAAGCGAAGGACGCGCUCACCAAGAAGUUGGAGCUCAUCAGUGAAAUCCAUGCUAUGGAAUGUUUCCCGAAUCUUCGGUGCAACAUGUUUGAUAACACACAGAUUGCAGGUCACGAGCUGCUCGUCGAGAUGUCCCACGCCGAGCUGAAGGAGCGUCUGUACCUCAUGAAGGAAGCGGAGGUGAUCGAACAGCAGAAGAAACGAGACCUCAUCCAGAAAGAGAAGCAGAAGAAGAAAAAACUGCUGCUAGAAGACAUGGAGAAUAUCAACCUCCACAGUAGAGCCAUGGCAAUAGCCAAUUCACUCAGGAAAGCGGAUGAGAGGAACGCCGAGCUGCAAUUACAGAGGAUCGUAGUACAGGACAAGAACGUCUUGGCGAUGCAAAAGAAGAUUGAAGAGGUGAAGAAGGAGUGUCAAAAACUGAAAAAAAAUGAAAGCAAUAUCACCAAACCGUCAAAGCAGGCGGCAGCCAACCCCAACGGAACCAUCGAGACCCACGGCAAAGAUGGACUGAAAAAGAUCAACUGGGAUGAUUUGGAGCAGAGCUUAGAACACUACAUCCAGAAGAAAGACUCUCACAUUUCCCAAAGAGGAGGGCACACAAGAAAUAAAUUCAAUUGA